AUGCUUCGCAACGCUCUGUCGGCGGCGACGCGCCCUGUGGUGCGGUCGGUGAGUACAUCUAGAACUGCAACGACACUCUCGGCAGGAUAUCCAAAGGUUACCCAACGGGCGCCAACAAAAUACGGAGGCGUAUACACUGUCACUCUGAUCCCUGGUGAUGGUGUCGGCUCCGAGAUCACGGACUCCGUGAAAGAAAUAUUCGAGUACGUGAACGCCCCGAUCGAAUGGGAGCAAUACAACGUCUCCGGCGUCUCCUCCGCCGGUCAGGACCUCUUCAAGCUGGCUAUGGAGAGCCUCCAGCGCAACCGCGUCGGUUUAAAGGGAAUCCUCUUUACUCCCAUAUCCCAGUCGGGCCAUAUAUCAUGGAAUGUCGCGAUGCGACAGCAACUCGACAUCUACGCUUCUGUAGUGCUCUGCAAGUCUCUACCAGGCUACCCGACUCGCCACAAAGACGUCGACUUCGUCAUUGUUCGUGAAAACACCGAGGGUGAGUACUCAGGACUCGAGCACCAGUCCUACCCUGGUGUCGUCGAGAGUCUCAAGGUCAUGACGCGUGCCAAGGCGGAGCGUAUUUCGCGGUUCGCGUUUGAUUUCGCUCUGAAAAACGGCAGGAAGAAAGUUACUUGCAUACACAAAGCCAAUAUCAUGAAACUUGGCGACGGCCUGUUCCUGAACACGUUCCGCCAGGUUGCGGAAAAUUACAGGUCACUCGGCAUCGUAGCGAACGACAUGAUUGUCGAUAACACGUCGAUGCAGCUCGUUGCGAAGCCGGGCCAAUUUGACGUGAUGGUCAUGCCAAACUUGUACGGUGCCAUCAUUUCUAACAUAGGCGCGGCGCUCGUUGGUGGCCCAGGUGUUGUUCCUGGAUGCAAUGUUGGCUCCGAUUAUGCAUUAUUCGAGCCGGGAUGCAGACACGUCGCGUCGGACAUCAUGGGUACCAACCGUGCCAAUCCCACCGCAAUGAUCCUCAGUGCAACCAUGAUGCUGAGACACCUAGGUCUCGACUUGAUUGCGAACAACAUCGCAAGUGCCACGUUCGACGUCAUCAACGCCGGGGAAGUACGGACGGCAGACAUGGGUGGUUCUGCCACAACUUCGGAGUUCACUCAAGCCAUCAUCAAGAAACUCUAAUGAAUCCGUUUGUCACUCGAGGCCCCUUUGGUAGAAUGACCUCCGAUGUUACCCCGCGUUCGUAUUACCGGUUACCCAAUACUAGGACGGAGGACGGUGGUAUUUAAUAGAUUUAGAUCCCUGCGUGUAGUGCUACAGGUAGUUCAGGGCUACAUGGAUGAUGCGUAUGGCAGAGACGUCUACAGUAGGCAGUGUCGACAAGCGUUCGAUAUUUUGACAUGUGGCUCCGAUCGUUUCACCUGUCGAGCAACUCAUCUGUCUCAACUUGAUGGGCCAGCAUCAGCAUGGCUGUAUAUGACACCCACACUAUCCCGUUUCUAUCUGCUCUGCAACGGUUGAGUCCAUCUUCACUCUUCCCAACUGGACUUUGCCGUCAGGCUUCUGCUCGCAUUCCGGUCG